AUGUCCCCCGCAUGGGCUGCUUCCCCCUCUUCCGCCUCAGCUUUCCCCCAGGCGGGGGUAUACCCUCCGCUAAGACCGUUCUUCGCGCCCAUCAGCCCCGCAACCGCCGGAACCGCAGCCUCUUCCGCAACUUCCGCCGCAGGUGGCGCCGCAGCAACUGGCGCAAGCGGCGGCGGAGCGGGAAUUGCGGGGCAAGGCGCAGGGGGGCAGACCACGGGUGGGGAAGGCUUACGGGGGUUUUCCGCCGGUACUGGAUGGACGGGGGCGGGGGGAAUCGUUCCUAGGGGCAUGCCAGGCGGGUUGGCGCAAGGAACGGCUGGGAUCGGGGGAAUGGCGCAAGGGACCUCGGGGAUUGGCGGAAUGGCGCAGGGAACGGGGGGAAUGAGGGGAAUGACGCAGGGACCCGCGGGGAUGGGCGGAAUGAGCGGUGGGGGGAUGGCUGGUUCCGCGCUGGUGCUUCCCGGGACUGUACGCGCUACAGCAAGCAGCCUGGCUUCUGCUGUUAGCGGUGCAGCUUCUAUCCAACCUAUUACCCCACUUGCCAAGGCAGGAAGGAUAGCAGGGACCAUGGGAGCACGAGCAGCAGUAAGGGGAGCAGUGGGAGCAGGAGGAGGAGCAGUUGCAAGGGGUGCUGGCUCAGCCAAUGCUUCUGCUGCUGCUGCUGGUGCUGGUGCUGGUGCUGGUGCUGGUGCUGCUGUUGCUGUCUCCAAAACACCCGCACCUACUGCUACUAGUGCCGCAACUGCUGCUGCUGCAGGUGCUGUAGCAGCAGCCGCUGGUGCUGCCGUUUCUGCUGCUACAAGCACAGCGGCAGCGGCAGCUACAGCAAGCACUGGCGCACUUGGGGGAGGUGUAUCAGUAGCAGGUGUCGCUGCUUCGUCGGCUGCUGUUAAACCCACUGGUGCUACGGCCGGGGCUGCUGGUCCGGCCGGGCCUGCUGGAACGGCUGGUGCUGGUAGGAUCAUCAUGGGCGGUGUUGGGCAGGGCGGUAUGGGGCAGGGUGGCAUGGGGGGGCAGGGCGGGGGCGGUGGGCAGGGCGGGAUGGGGCAGGGCGGAGUGGGGCAGGGCGCGGGCGGUGUGGGGCAAGGCGGAGUGGGGCAGGGCGGAGUGGGGCAGGCGGGAUGGGUGCUGGCGCAGCAGGCUGCUGCCUCUGGCGGGAGGAUGAUGGCCUCCGCGCAAGGGGGAGCGCCAGCGGCGCAGGGGGGAGUACAAGGGGCGCAAGGGGGAGUACACGGGGCGCAGGGGGCGCAGGGGGGCGUGCAAGGGGCGCGGGGGGGCGUGCAAGCGGGAGUGCAGGGGGCGCAGGGGGGUGCUGCUGCUGCUGCUGGCCUGAUUUCCUCGAAAGCUACAUUGAGGCAGCAGCAGGCUGAAGCCGUGCUGCUCAAGGGUCCUGCGGCUGCGGCUGCGGCUGCUGCUGCUUCUGCGGCUGCUGAUGCUGCUGCUGUGGCGAUCCUAGCAGGUGGCAGGCUAGGGGAGGUCCGAAAGGGGUCUGCGGCAAAGGGAGGAGCAGCAGCAGCUGCAGUAGCAGCAGGAGCAGCAGGAGCAGCAGGAGCUGCAGGAGCAGCAGGAGCAGCAGGAGCAGCAGGAGCAGCAGGAGCAGGGCCAGCAGCGGUAGCAGCAGCAGUAGCUCCUUUGAAAUGUUCAGCCUCAACCCAGCCUGCUUCUGCUGCUGCUGCAGGCGCAGCAGCAGGUUCGGCAAGAGGCCCGGGCGGAGGCGCGGCAGGAGGUCCCGCCCGAGCUGCGGCUGUGGCCAAGCCGCCAACGCCCCCACCGCCCCCCUCUCCUGCAGCCAUUGCUGGCGCGGUAGUGGCUGCUGCUGGGGAGGCGCUAGGGUUUAGAGCCCUUAUUCAAGCUGCAAUAGCUGAAGGUGUUGCAGGGGGGAUGGGGGAUGCUGCUGGGGAGGGCGCAGCAGCAGGGGGGGUUGCUGCUGGGGGUGCUUCAGGGGGGUUUGGAGGGAGUUCUGGAGCAGGGUCGGCUGGGGUGGGUGGUGGGAGAGAGGUGGGAGGUUUUGGGGAUCUGAUUCGUGCUGCAGUGGAAGGUAAGGAAGGCAGGCCGGGGAGGGUUGGAGGAACAGCAGCUGAGGAGAUAGUUGUGGGUUCUGCUGUAGAGGAGGUGGAUGGAAUGGGAGGAGGAGGGACAGGAGAAGACCAGGGAGGAGAUGGAGGAGGAGGAGGAAUUGGAGAGAUGGGAGGGGCAGCAGGAGGAGGAGCAGCGGGAGAAGCAGGAGGGACAGGGGUGCGUGCGGCUUAUGAGUCGAGUCAGAAAGCGAGGGUGGCCGAGGCGAUAGCGCGAAUGAGCCAGCAGGAGGUUCGGGCGGCGCUGCGGCAGGUGCGGUUCGGCACGAACCUGCAGGGGCUGGUUCGGGAGGAGGUGGGGCGGAUGGUGCGGGCGAACAGGGAGGCUCGGCUGAGGGAGAUUGCUCGACUGUUGGGGGAGGAUAAUACCCCCUCGGCUGCUGAUUUAGGUCCCCUCCCUGCUGCUUCGGGUGCUGUAUUUCUCACUUCGAGUGAUUCAACUCCUCCCCUUGCUGCUGCACCGAGUGUCAUGCCUGACAAAGACCUGCCCCCGCUGCUGCUACUGACAGGAGGGGAGGAUGAGCGGGAGGAGCGAGGGGAGGAGGUUGGAGGGGACAGCGUGGAGAAAGAGGGAGGGAAUGACGGUGGUGCCGCUGGUGCUGGUGAUGCAUCGUCUGGGGUGGUGCUGACGCCCAGGGAUCGUCUCAAGCUUCGGAUUCAUCAGAAGAUGCUGCGACUUGCCGACUUUCAGGCCAAGGUGAGGAGAGAAUUAGUUGCAGAGGAGCAAGAGAUUCAAGCCAUGCCCGACCGCCCCUACCGCUCCUUCCUGCGCUGGGCCCACCGGCAACGGGCCGAAAUCGCCAAGUCGCACGCCGUGACGCGCCGCGCCGCCCGCGACCGGCUGCUCAAGGCCGUCUUCGCCGCCCGGCGGCAGAUCCUCGCCGACCGCCAGUUGGCGGCGCGCGACGGGCGGGCGGCGCGGAACCGGCACGUAGUGAGGUUCCACGAGCAGGCGGCGCGGGAGGCGGCGAGGCGGCGAGAGGAGGAGCGGCAGAAGCGGGUGGAGAUGUUACUUAAGAGUAACGACAUGGAGGCUUAUCGGGCUAUGCUGGAGGAGGAAAAGGAGAAGGCCGGGGUUGGGAAGGGUGCGAAGGAGAGGUUUGAAAUGCUGAGCUCGUUUUUGAGCCAGACGGAGGAGUAUUUGCGGAAGCUGGGGGGGAAGAUCUGUGCGGCUAAGAGCGUUCAAGAGGUGGAAGAGGCUGCUGUUGCUGCUGCUGCCGAAGCCAGGGAGAAGGGUAUGAGCGAGGAGGAGGUGGAGGCGUACGUGCAACGAGUGGUGGCCAGCCUGUCUCGUAACGACGGUCCCGAGGGAGAGGAGGUUGGAGGAGAGACAGGCGCGGCUGCUGUGUCCAAGUACUACAAGCUGGCUCACUCUGUCUCUGAGACCAUCACCCACCAACCUUCGAUGCUGCGCAUGGGCACCCUGAGGGAGUACCAGAUGGUGGGGCUGCAGUGGAUGGUAUCGCUCUACAACAAUCGGCUCAACGGCAUUCUGGCAGACGAAAUGGGCCUGGGGAAGACAGUGCAGGUCAUGGCUCUGCUCGCCUACCUCAUGGAGCACAAGAGCAACUACGGCCCGCACCUCAUCAUCGUGCCCAACGCCGUGCUGGUGAAUUGGAAAUCGGAGCUGCAUGCGUGGCUGCCCUCCGUUUCCGCUGUCUUCUAUGUGGGAGGCAAGGAGCAGCGCGCCAAGCUCUACACCAAGUCGCCCACCUGCCGUUACUGCAAGAAAACUGGUCACACCAUCGAUGAAUGCUUCAAAUUGAAGAAGAAGAAAGAGCUUGAAGAAAGCUCUAAACGGGAGAAAUCCGUCUUCCAACCCUCGGUGCAUGUAUCCACCAGCUCCUCUGCUGAAGCUAUUCCGACCCCCACACCACCUCCUGCCCCAUCAACCCCUCAGUCCGUACCUGAUUCCCGGUACGUGGACAUUGCUGUCAGCACCAGCCACCACCCCAUCUUCUCCACAUGGACUCCUCUCGUCGCUGCUGUCUUCAUUCUCACCAUCCUCCUUCUCCUCCUCCUCUUCCCUUAUGGGGCUCCCUACGCAUCGGCAUUCACGGCCUCGUCAUUCAAUAUGGAGCGGACUUCGUCGUGGCUGGUGGACAGCGGCGCAUCCUCCCAUAUCUGCUCGGAUCGUUCGCUGUUUUCGUCUCUCAAGAAGCCCAACGAAGAGAUCCUUGUUCGUUUUGGUGGAGGAGAGACUUACAAGGUCUUGGGAGUCGGCACGGUGGUGGCUACUCUUCGGUCACCAACAUCGGAAACCACCAUUCAGCUUGACAACGUUCUAUUUCUCCCUUCAUCAGUUCACAACCUGCUCUCUGUUCGUGCGCUUGGUGCUGCCGGCGUUGCCGUCUCGUUCCCCGCUGCUGGGCGCGUUGUUCUCACAUCUGAUGACGUUCCUAUUGGCGAGGGCUACACCCGCAACAAUCUGUUUUAUCUUCAACUGCAUCAUGGGAGCAGUGCUGCUCCUUCUAUCAAGCCAACUGCAUGUCCAGCCUCCACCACCACCUCCUCGUACCUCUGGCAUCGUCGUUUCGGGCAUCUCAACAUGCAGGCCUUGUCAACACUUCAUCGGCAACAGCUGGUCACCGGUCUUCACCUCUCCUCCACCUCGAUUCCCCCCUGCAUCUCGUGCUAUCGUGGGAAACAAACACGUCAGCCAUUUGGCGUGUCCCAUUCUCGCACCACAGCCCCACUCCAACUCAUUCACUCAGAUAUUGCUGGACCGCUUUCAUAUGGAACUACCAUUGGCGGCGCUCGCUACCUUCUCACCUUCAUCGACGACUACUCCCGCCACAUUACAGUGUAUCUCCUACGCCACCGGUCGGAGGCACUUUCAUGCUUCAAGGCUUACGUCACUCGGGCGGAGCUGCACGCCUGGUUGCCCUCCCUUUCGGCUGUGUUCUAUGUGGGAGGGAAGGAGCAGCGCGCCAAGUUCUAUACCAAGGAGGUAGCCCCAAUGAAGUUCAACGUGCAGGUGACCACAUUCGAGUUCAUUAUACAGGACAGGGUGCGCCUCUCAAGUGGCCGUUUAAGCUGCCUCAACGCCCGUGUUCCCCUCUUUUGCCGCUCUGUCCCCCUUGUCCCUCACACCCAGGAGGUAGCCCCAAUGAAGUUCAACGUGCUGGAGGUAGCCCCGAUGAAGUUCAAUGUGCUGGUGACCACACUCGAGUUCAUCAUGCGGGACAGGGCGCUCCUCUCCCGAGAGGUAGCCCCGAUGAAGUUCAAUGUGCUGGUAACCACAUUCGAGUUCAUCAUGCGGGAUCGGGCGCGCCUCUCCAAAGUGGACUGGCGCUACCUGGUGAUUGACGAGGCCCACCGCAUGAAGGACCGGGACUCGCGGCUGUCACGAGAUCUGGACCGGUUCAGAGUGCAGAGGAGGCUGCUACUCACCGGCACACCUCUGCAGAACGACCUUUGGGAAUUGUGGUCUCUCCUCAACCUUCUCCUCCCAUACGUGUUCGAUUCAAGCAAAAAAGACCUGCGGGAAUUGUGGUCGUUUCUCAAUCUGCUCCUUCCAGAUGUCUUUGACUCCAGCAAGAACGACUUGAGGGAAUUGUGGUCUCUCCUCAAUCUCCUCCUUCCAGACGUGUUUGACUCGAGUAAGGUUUUCAACGACUGGUUCGCUUCCCCUUUCCAAAAGGACACCAAAGGAGGAGGGGGGGGGGGAGGGGGAGGCGGAGCAGGAGGAGCAGGGGGAGCAGGGGGGGCGGCAGCUGAUGAGAUGGAAUGGCUGGAGACUGAAAAGAAAGUGAUUGUGAUACAUCGUCUACACCAGAUUCUCGAACCAUUCAUGCUGCGCCGCAUGGUGCAAGAUGUAGAGGGUAACCUACCGAAAAAGACCUCUGUGGUGCUCCGCUGCCCGCUCUCCGCCUGCCAAGCCGCAAUCUACGACUGGGUCCGAGCCACGGGCACGCUUCGGACCGACCCUGAGCAGGAGGCUCGGCGGGUGGCUGCGGGGAAGAGCAGCGGGAGUACGGUUCAGAGGUAUGUGAGGGAGUUUGUGCCGGUGCAGAACAAGUGUAUGGAGCUGAGAAAGGUGGUUAAUCACCCGUUUCUGACCUACUCCUCGUAUGACCUCACUCUUCCUGCCCCUCCUGCUGCUGGUUCUGGUGGCUCUGCUGGUGCUGCUGCUGCUGCUGCUGGUGCUGCUGGUGCGAGUCCUUACGGUGCUUCAGAUGCUGGUUACCCUACCGGUCCCUCUUUCUACAGCCCGGAUGUGAUUGUUCGCACGUGCGGCAAGUUUUAUAUCUUAGACCGAGUUCUGCUUAAACUGCAUCGCACAGGGCACAGGGUGUUACUAUUUUCCACCAUGACUAAGCUUCUAGACCUUCUGGAAGACUAUCUACGGUGGAGGAAGCUUGGCUACUGCCGGAUCGACGGAUCUACACCGUUGGAUGCUCGGGAGGCUGCGAUUGGCGAGUUUAACAAGCCUGGGUCGGAGCAUUUUGUCUUUUUGCUGAGUAUCCGGGCGGCGGGGCGGGGGCUGAAUCUGCAGAGUGCGGAUACGGUUGUGAUAUAUGAUCCUGAUCCGAAUCCUAAGAAUGAGGAGCAAGCUGUAGCACGGGCACAUAGGAUUGGACAGAAGAGAGAGGUGCUGGUGAUGUAUCUCGAGGCAGUUACAGAGGUUACUGCAGCGCACUGUAAAGAGGAUGAGAUUGAGAGUAGAGGAGGGGGAGCGGGGGAGGGGGAUGGGGAGGGAGGUGUGGGGGGGAGGAGAGAGGGGAGGUGGAGGAAGAGGAAGAGGGAGGAUGGGUUGGUGCAAUCACCAACGUCUCAGUCAACUGGAGCAGGGAGGGGAAGAGGAAGGGGGGGAAGGGGAAGAGGAAGGGGAGGGGGAAGAGGAGAAGGAAGGGGAGGAGGAAGGGAAGGAGGAGGGCGAGGAGGAGAAAAAGGGGGUGGGGGUGGAUCACGGUACAUAGGAUCUAUAGAGACGCUAGUUCGCACCAAGAUACAGCAGCACAAGAUUGAAAUGGCAGAUGAAGUGAUCAACGCAGGCCGGUUCGACCAACGCACGACACAGGAGGAGCGGCGGAUGACUUUAGAAGCUCUGCUGAAGGAUGUAGAGCGGUACCAAGAGGCGGUUCCGGAUGUACCCUCCAUGCGCGAGGUAAACCGGAUGAUUGCCCGAGGGGACGACGAGCUGGCGCUCUUUGAUAGGAUGGAUGAGGAGGAGGAAUGGCCGGGAUUGGUUGAGGAGGCUUGGGAGGUGGUUCCUUGGCUGAGGGCUAAUUCGAAGCAGGUGGCGGCUGCUGCUGCUACGACUGCCAAGCCUGCGCUUCGGAAACGGAGGAAGGCGUCAGGUUCGGAAGAGGGAGGGGCGGAAGGAGGUUCGGCCGAGCCUGUGGAGGUGGAGGGGUGGAAGGAGGGGGAGCAAGUGGGAGGGGAGGAAGAGGAAGAGGAAGAGGAGGAAGGGGAGUUCAAGAGCGGAGGGAGAGGGGGUAGAGGUGUUGACAGGGGGGAGGGAGGGGAGGUGGAGGAGGAGGGAAUGAUUGUGGGGGAUGAGGAAUUUGAUGGGGGGAUUGAUGGGGAAGAGGAGGGAGGGGGUGAGGAAAAGGACAAGGGAGGAGCAGAGGCAAUGGGGGAUAAGAUUUUGUUGGGGAAGGAAGAUGAAGAGGAGGGUGAGGAGGUUUUUGAGAAUUCUCAAGAACAAGAGGUGGUAGAAGGAUGGGAGCGUGUGGAAGGAAAAGAGGGAGUAGCAGCAGAAGAGGAGGAAGAGGAGGAGGGAGAAGGAGCGGAUGUUCGUUGGGUGAGAGAGAGUGGUGGGGGGGAGGUGGGGGGUGAAGGGGAGGAGGCGGAUGAAGGGGAGGAGGAAGGAGUUGAGAAACAGGGUAAGAGGAGGGUAAAAGGGGUGGUAGAGGAGGAGGUAGUUUUGGAAGAGGAUGAGGAGGAAGAGGAGGAGGAAGGGAUAUGGGUGGAGGGUGAUAGUGAGAGGCUUGGGAAAGAUGGUGGGGAGUUUGCGGGAGUAGGAGUGGGUGUGAAGGAGGGGAGGAAGGGGAGGGGGGGGAGAAGAGGAGGGUACGGAGGGAAAGAGUUGCGGAAGAGGGGAUAUAGAAAGAGGGUGAAAGAUAAAGAGAUGAUGGAAGAUGAAGAAAGGGUGGAGGAAGGGGAGAUGAUGGGAGAUGGGGUGGGAGGUGCAGGGCUUAGGAAAGAUGCAAAGCUGAGGAAUGAUGUAGAGGACUUAACUGGUGAGGGAAAGCGAGGGGGAAAGGAACGCCGCAGGUUUAAGCUUUCCAAGGGAAGUGACGGCAGGCUGAAGCUCUUAAAGGGACUCCGUGAGGAGCUCAAUAGAGGGGAUGAGAGGGAGGAGAGAGGUGGAGUGGGGGAGGAGGGGAGGGAAGGAUGGGCGGGGAUGGGAGGGGUUGGUGCUGGAAGGAAAGAGGUAAGGGCUGAGGAGAAGGGUAAGAAGGAGAAGGGUGAAGAGGAGAGAGGUGAGCAGGGGAGGGGAGAGCAGGAGAGAGGAGGGCAGGCGAAGGAGAAGGAGCAGAAGAACCAGCACCGGCACCACCACCACCACCAUCGGCGCAAGCACAGUAGCGGUCACGGCAAGACGAGUGGGUUUGAGUGGCAGGAGGGAGAGCAGGAGGGGAUUGUGGGUGGAGGAGAGAUUAGGAGUAAUGGGAGGGAGAGGAAGGAAAGGAUGGGUGAGGAGGAGGAGAGGAAAGAGAGGAAAGAAAGGGAGGAGGGGAAGGAAGGGAAGGAGGGGAAGGAUGGGAAGGAGAGGUGGAGGGGUGAGGGGCGAGAGGAGAAGAUUAAGCGGGAAGCAGAGCGCGGGAGGGGAGUGGAGAUAGUACAGGAGGGAGAGAAGGAUGCAAAGGAGCAAGUAAAGGAAGGCAGAGAAGCUGUGAGGAAGGAGGGGAUGGUGCCUGGGAAGGAGGGGGCGAAGGCGAAGCGGAAAGAGAAAGCGGAGAGGAAGAGAAGGGGUGAUAAAGGGGUGGAGGUUGAGGGAGGGGGCGAGGGGGAAACGCCUGGGGAGAUUCGUAUGCUGGGUGGGAGGGAAGGGGAGGCAGAGAAGGGAGGGAAGGGAGGGAAUAAGGGAGUGAUGGGAGGGGAAGACGGAGGGGAGGAGGGAGGGGAGGAGGGAACAGCUAGGGCGGGAAUACAGGUAGAGCCGUUUCGGGUUCCGCGAGUUGUUGCUUCUAAACGCGAGCUGCAGAUCGAGAGCAAGUAUAAUAACGAGUCCAAGGGCGAGGCUUAUAGCGAGUCGGCUCUUAAAGAGUCGCGUGCUGUUCUCCCAAGUCCCAGGGUGAGCAAGAAGAGGAGUGUAGCGAGUCUAGUGACAGGAGAGGAGAAGGAGAGGGGGCAAGUGAGGAGAGAGGAAAGGAAGCGAGAAGAGGGUGAGGAUGAUAAGGAGGAGGAGGAGAAGAGAGGGAAAGAGAGCUGGUUGGUUCAGGAGCGUGUGAGGGAUGAGCAGAGGAAGGAGGGGAAGGUGGUUGAGGAGAAGAUGGGAAGAGGAAGAGAAGCGAAGGAAGAGGUUCUUGUGGGGGAAGGGGAUUGGAGGGGGAGGAGGGGCCUUGAGGUGGAUAAGGAAAUGAGUGGUCCUGUUGCUGAUGCUAGUGGUGCUGGUGCUGGUGCUGGUGCUGGUGCUGGUGCUGGUGCUGGUGCUGGUGCUGGUGCUGGUGCUGGUGCUGGUGCUGGUGUUGAUGCUGCUGGUGCUGCUGUUGCUGGUACAGGGAGGAAGCGAGGAAGGAAGAGGAAACUGGGUUUGGUGGCACAAGAAGAUGCAAAGGGAGGCGCGGGAGGGGCAGAAGGGGUUGGAGGACUGGGAGGGGUGAGACGGGUGGGAAAAGAGGACAUAGAGGGAGAAAGGGAAGUGGAGGGAGUGGUGGGGAAGGCUGGGACGGAAGGCUUGCCAAAGUUGGCUGUAGGAGAGGAGGGAAGAGGAGGAUAUACUGUAAGGGAGAGGGGUGGAGGAGAGGGAGGAGAAGGAGUAGGAGAGGGAGAAGGAGAGAUACGAGGAGAGAUUGUGAGAGAGGGGGAAAGGGAGAGAGAGGAAGAGGGGGUAGGUGGAGCAGACGGGGAGGGUGGGGAACUGAAGAGACGGAGGAGGAUUUUGCUGCCCGGGAGGGGUGGAGGGCGCAGGAAGAAGGAUAGGCAUGAUGCUUUGGUAAGUGCUGGUUGGGGUGUGCGGAGGAGCAGGAGCCUCUCAGGCCACCAGCAGAGUGCUGCUGGUAUGAAGAAUUUGGAGAGGAAGAGGGAGAGGAAGGGGGAGAGGGAGAGGGAGGAGAGGGGGAAGGAGGAAAGGGAGAGAACAGUGGCAGGGAGAGCAGGAGGUGUUGAGAGGGGAGGUUUUACUGAAGCAGAGAUGCUGAAAGGAGGGAAGAGGAGAGGGGAGAAAUUGCUUCUGCCUGUGAUGGCAUGGGAAGGGGAAAGCGGAGUGGAGGAGAGAGCGGAAGAGAGCGCAGAGAAGGGAGAGGAGAAGAGAGAGGAGAAGAGGGAGAAGCAGCAGCAACAGGUGAGGGAGAAGCAGCAGCAACAGGUGAGGGAGAAAGCAGAGGAAGCAGAGGCAGGAGGAACUUUUGUGAAAGGGGCGAAACAAAGUGAAGAACCUUGCAAGAGCAGCAGUAGUGACAGCAGCAGCAUGGGCGUCGGAACUGGCAGCAAGAGGAGUGGUGAGGGUGUGGGGAUGGGUGAGGAGGGGUAUGGUGUGGAGAAGGAGGACGAGCAAAUGGGGAGAGAGAAAGGGGAUGGUGGAAGGGAGAGUGUAGGUGGCAAAUUAGAGACGGAAGAGAGGGAGAGGAGGGAGGAGAGGAAGAGGGACGAGAGGGAUGAGAGGGAGAAGAGGAAGGAGAGGGAGGAGAGGGGAGCAAGUGAGAAACAGUUGGGAGGCAGCGGAGGAGUACAAAGGUAA